UUCACCCCGUCCUGCCUGAUCCCAGAUGGAGCUCAAAGUGUGGGUGGACGGAGUGGUGCGGGUUGUAUGCGGUCUGUCUGAGGAGACGUCCUGUCAAGAUGUGGUCAUCGCUCUGGCCCAAGCCAUUGGUCAGACGGGUCGCUAUGUUCUGAUCCAGCGUCUUAGAGACACAGAGAGGCAGCUGUUGGCCACAGAGAGGCCUCUGGAGUCCUUGGCUAAGUUAGGCCAACAUGGCAAUGAAGUUCAGUUCUUCCUGCGCCGUACUGGCCCUAGCAGCAGUGAUGGACCGAACUCAAAACAAGAUAGAGCAACUCCCCUUCCUCUGCCCAAGCAUCCUGAGCCAGAGCCUUCCAAACGCAGCCAGCCUAAGAAAGCACUCACCUUUAACCUGGGGCCAUCCACCUCUCCUAGAUCCAAAGUCAAACAGUUUAAGAGGUCUCCUCGGGACUCUCCGGAGCAAAGAGCCUCUCCCUCCCCUUCUCCCAGCCCUGUGUCCCCUCAUAUGCCAUCCCCCUCUCCCUCACCACCUAUAGGCCCAUCCAAAGAGGAGGUCUUCAGGAAGGUUCUCCAGCAACAGGAGAGACUGAGGGCUUUUGAGGCCCAAUUAGAAGCCCUAGAGAGGGAGUCGCAUACCUUGGAGCGCCCCUACCCAUCUCCAUGCCCUUCACCGGUUUCUGACGCUCGCUUGCAAGAAGAGAUGGACACUCUGGAGCAGGUUGUGCGGAGGAACCAGGCCGAGCUUGCCCAUGAGCAAUACUGGGAGGAGGAGCUCGAGGCAGAGGUGGAGAAGGAGCGAGGAAUGAGGAGGAAGCUGGGCGAGCUCCACGCCACGCUAGACGAAUGUGGACGGCGGCUCCACGAGUUCUCUGUUCGCUCGGCUCAGCUGGAGCAAGAGAUCCAGCGAGAAAGCCAGGCGGAAAGGAAAACCAACAGACCCGAGGAGUCCCUCAAAGCUGUGAAGGCAGAGCUCUGGAGCCAGGAGAAUCACAGCACUGAUCUGGAGGAGAAGCUAUCUGAGACUGACAAGGCUCUGGGGAAGGCAGAGUCUCUGCUGCAGGCCAAACAGGAGGAGCUGGAGGAGUUGAAUAAGGAGCUGAGGCAGUGUAACCUGCAGCAGUUUAUUCAACAGACAGGUGUCCUGCCAGCGCACACCCACUCACGCACAGAGCUUCAAGAGCAACUGGAGCAGUUAGAACUCGCCCAUCUUCUGCAGGAUGGAUACAGUAAUGGAGGCCACAGUGUGACUCUAGUGGAAUCACCGCCUCGUCCCACUGCCAAACAGUUCCUGGGACAUCCACGCAACCUACAAAACCCUCUAGUAUCCAGUCUCAACCCAGAGGUCCUGACAUCCAGAGAGUCGUCAUGGAGAUAAAACAUGGACCACAGGGCCAAGGGAAACUUGUUCACUGUUGUGUCACCGUCACCGCCUAUUUACCCCUUUCUUUGUAACUCUUGUCAUUAUUUAAUCAUGAUAUACAUACUGUAUAUACAUAAGACAAAUAUAUUUACUGAGUUUUGCUACUGUACACACUGCAAAGUAUCUGUAUGAAAUGUAAAAUAAUUUAGAAACCUUUUACCUAGAGCAAUUAUUACUAUGUAUUUAAAUAUAAUAAAAAUGUGC